UCUCGGGGUCCACCCCUCGCAGGCGGGGUCAUGUUCCGGGGUCGGCACGGGGAUCCGGCCAUCGCUGCCAGCCCGGCCAGGAUCCUGCGCCGGACACUCGGAGUGUGUAUUUCCCUUUACCUGCAGUGGUGCUCUGAGGCUGCGGCUUCUGGUUUACUCCUUGCCCACUUGGGGGCAGCAUAAUCCAGGUAGUAACCAGGUUUUGCAGCUGACAGCUACAGCAGACUACAGAUCUUCAGGAACUCUGCGUGGCUUUUCUCCGGUUGUGAUUUCGCUCUGGAGGGACGCCCCAAGUCCUUUCCGAACUCCGCUGCGCUCCUGAGGGCUUUAAGCGUCCCAGCUGUCAAUCACUGCUUGAUGCGACGUCAUCAGGGGGGGCCGGACGAUAAACUCUCGCGAGCUGGGAAGCGGGCGCAAAGUUUGCGGCGUCGAGUCAACAAGUUGGUUCGGUUGAAGGGAGGCCCUCCGAAGCCGUCUUUCGUUGGCGAGCUCGACUUCGGGGCAGGUUUUCCGAAAUUCGGGCAGACAUGGCCGAGGCUCGGCCCGAGGAGGACGACGAGAGUUUGAGGAGGGACGCCCGGGAACAAGUCGUGCGACGGCAGUCCAGCGGGAGCGAAGGUCGUGCUGCCAGGAGAAAGCCGGAGAACCGUCUCAGCCAAGGCCCGCUUUGGUCCCUCAGAGAAGCCAUCAAGAAAUCCACCAGCAGGUCCAGUUUUACUGACCUUCCACGGGACAGAGACAGAGAGAGAGACAGGAACGGGGAGGCCAGGGGCCCCGUUGCCAGGCGACCGCAGAUCACCAUCUUGUCCGCCGAACCGCUUCCCUCACCUUGUUGGUUAGCCGGAACGCCUGGCGCGUUCCCGCCCCCUCCUCCUCCGGCCGCGCAAAUCUGGGGACCCACCAUCCCGCCGUCCGUACAGCCUCCUCCGUCCUACGACGAGGUGAUCCGGGAGAAGACGCAGGAGCAGGCUGCGCGCGCAUCUUUGUCGGGUCCGUCAGGGUCUCAUCCGGCUUUUAGAACCACCAUUGCCACGCAAACAGACCCCGGAUCCUCUUCUGGAGCGCCAGUACUCAAACCGCAGCGGCAACCCAUCGCCGACAGUAAAAUCGGUUCCCAGUCGCCCCCGGCUCCCCGCAGCGGCCCCGCGCCCCUCCCCGACCCGCCGGAUCGGCCCAGGGCCCGCCCCCGAUCCAGGUCGACCGUGAACCGCGUCAGCGAUGAAGUCAAAGUUCAGACUUUGGUGAAACUGCGAGAAGACGGCUUGGCUACGCUGGCCGCCCGCGCUCGCAGUGACGUCGGCAAACAGGACGGGAGCGGGGGGAAAUACCUUCAGGAGCUUCUGGAGGCCUUCAGCUCCGACGCCUGGGGUGUCCCCGAGCAGCGGAGUGACGACAGUGAGCUCAGCCAAUCGGACGAGGAGGACGAGAACGGGGACAUGGCGGCCCUCAGGGCGAGGAUCCAAGCCUUUGAGCAGCAGCAGCAGCAGCAACAGGUGGCGCUUGACGAGAGCCGUGGCGACCCGAGCACCGAUGCAGUCGCCCAGAGACCCGGACCUCGGCCCCGCCCUCGUCUCCAAGGGCAACCUUCCAAAGGUCUUCCUCCCGCGAUCGCUCCUAAACCCAAAAGCCUCCCAAAAGCAUCCGCUGCGGACUCCACCGAUAGCCCGGCUGAGGUCCUGAAGCCCAAACCGCUGCUGACCACAGAGCCCCUCCCGAAUCACCCCCUCUCCGCCGCGCCUGUCCCGGCCCCCAGGGUCCCGCUGCAGAAACCCACCCAUCCCCCAACGAGACCCCGACCUCGACCAAAUCUCCGUCCACCACCAGUGGCCCCACGAACGAGCGUGGGCGCGCCACCGCCGCACGAGAAGGCGGCCGCGUCCGGACAAGUGACCCCGACGGGGCCCCCCAGGCCUUGCCCGGAGGUCAGCAGGGGGGCACAAGCACACAUUCAGGAUACUGUGAACCCCGCGGGACCCUCUCUGGAAGCAAAUCCAGCCCCUUCCAAGGCUCCUGCUCCCGGCCGCGCCAAGCCGCCAUCCCCCGUCCUAAAAAAGGCCGACGCUACGACUGAGCCGCCCCUCCCCCCGAGGCCCUCAAGCGUGAAGGACCUCCCCCCCAGACCACCGGCGGUCAAAUGCGUCCCCGCCCGACCGCCGCCGCCGGCGGCGGCGAGCCGGCCUCGGCCGCAGACGCACUUGGGCGGUCACAGAGCGUCGAAGAGAGGGCCCCCUCUGCCCCCUCGGCCUAAGCCCGGACAUCCCCUCUUUCCCGUCCACUCGAAACAGGAAGUCCUCAUCGUCCUGGAGGACCCGCCGCCGGAGCCUCUGCCGACCGCCGUUAUGCCCCUUUGUGGCACGACGGACUGUCUUCUGGAUCUGGACGUGCUGCUCCCGGAACCCGGCUUGGACUCCUGCUGGCAGCCGGCCACGCAGAAACACGCCGAGCCGCCUCCCGUCAGCCUCCGCCGCUACGUGGCCUUGUUUGACUUUGAGGGAGCGGACGACGACGAGCUCAGCUUCUCCCAGGGAGACGCAAUCGACCUCCUGGAACCCGUCGACCAACAGUGGGGCCGUGGCCAAAUUCACGGACGCGUGGGACUCUUCCCGCUGAGCUUUGCCCGACUCGCCGACGAAAGUCCCGUCACUGUGACAUCCUCAAAACAAUCUGAGGCGGGCGAAUGGGUAGUGGCGCUCUUCGACUUUCCCGGACAGACCGCAGAGGAUCUCCCCUUCCACAAGGGGGCGCACAUCCAAGUGAUCGAACACGUGGAUUCCCAAUGGAGGAGGGGCCGACUGGCCGAGAGGGAGGGGCUGUACCCCGCCGCGUUCACGCAGUCCUGCCAGGCUCCGCCGAUCCCGCGGCAGAAUGCGGAAGUGAGGGGCGCGGCCAGAGCGUUAUUCGCCUUCACGGCCGAGCGCGACGACGAACUGACGGUGAAGCCCGGCGACAUCAUCACGCACGUGGAGUCUGCGGAUGAGCACUGGAUUGUGGGAGUCGUCGGCGGUAAGCGGGGAGUUGUGCCCAAAAACUACAUUUUGCUUCUUUGACGAGGACAAUCUGCUGACGGCUGACUUUUUUUUUUUUUUUUGGCGCGAAGAUGGCAAUAUUUCAGUCUGCAAUGGCCGCCGUAACCUGCGUCUCGCGGUUCUAUACUUUUAGCAGACUCUUUAGGUUCCGUUAAAAUCUCAAACUUGGCCUUGUUACUUUCUUUGUCCUAAUGUGUUGGAAUAUUAACGUGACUAACCAGUCUUGUGCCGCAAUGCUAUGAAUAUUGUGGGUUUUUUUUUUUUUUUUUCGUGAAGCGACGUUAGGCCGUGAAGGUUUGCGCUCGAGUUAUAUGGAUGGAAGCAAAAACGCACAUUCUAAUUUUUUCAAGCCUAAUAAAACUUUGCAACAUU